GGCAAUGCUCACUUUGUCAAAAGCACACGUCUUGGCUUUUCUUUAAAAAAAACAUCUCGGGUGUUCUCCACCGAAACCUUGAAGGUUUAAGUUUUACACUCCGGACAGAUCGAAUCUGAUGCGAUCCAUUCAGUAGCAGUGGCACCCAUUAAGAAAAAUGUCCUCAUAGCUUCAGGACAUAAAGGAACAAAGAGAAAUCAAUAAAAGUGGUAUUGCUGGUGACACCGGCCAGCCCAACAGGUUGUUCUCCUGCAGGGCCUCUGGCUGCUGUGACUGAGUGUCAUUAGCUUGGUGGAGGUUACCCUGCUUAGACUGGCUGCCUUUAAUCCGUCAGUCACCUCUGUUAUCCUAUUAGUCAGCUGCACUGAUGGAAAACAGCUGCAGCGACAGCGUGAAGGUGGAAGGAGGGAGGGCGCUGCAAAGAAAGACUUUUUUUCUUUAGGUUACUGUCACUAAAGUAUCACCAAUGAAGCAAAUUCAGUCAGAAAUCAACAGCGGGUGAUGCAGACCGGGUGAUGCAGACCGGGCGGGCUCGCUUUUAAUGAUCUGGGAGGAUUUCUGGCUGGAUGAUCAGAACGGUGAGGAUGCUGGGGGGCGUAGCGGCGUUGUGCCCCUCGCGGCCAGCCUUCAGGAGCUAACCCGCCCGCCUCUCGCUGCCUGGGAGCGGAGGGAACAGCAGCCCCGCGCCUCCCCGCCCUCUGCCGUCCUCCACCUCCGCGGACGACAGGAGAGGAGGCGCAGCCCGCUUCUCCUCCAGCCUCCGCUGCUGCCUCGCGCGGAGUCAACUUGCAUUCAAACAGGCAGUUGGGAGCGCGUGCUCUCGCUCGGAGCUUCUGGCGCCGGAUUCCGACUCGCCCCUCCGGUCCGCUCCACGCCGAGCCUCCGGCGGCUGCGGCUGCGGCGACGAGUGCCGGGACGCCGCUCGCCGCCCCGGAGCGACUUCAGGUUGAUAAGAGAAGAGUGGAAGCCGCAGCAGUCACCGACCCUGCAGAGUAAACACCUGCCUGGUAAAAGCGGUUUUCACACAGAACACACACCGUCCUCUAGUGGAGUUCAAGAUCUCUUCAAAACGACAAGACGGAUGGACGCCUUUGACUGAGGACGUUUAUGAACUUAAUCCUCAUCUCUCUGCAGAAUACGGACGCUGGGGUUUUCCACAUUACCUCAUGUGAUUGAAAUAUUUGUGGAUCUGAACUCGCCACGAUGCCAUUUCCCUUCACUGCACUCUUCGAGUUUUCAACCAAAUGACUUUGUGAUAAAAUGUCUUUAGUUAAACGGAGAAAAUUCAGGACUUUUGCUCUCCUGCUGUGCGUCAUUACCCUGACCACGCUCCUGUUCAGCUACACUUUCCGGGACCCAUCGCUCUGCUUCUUAAAGUACUUCCGGCUCUCGGACAGCUUCUUCUCCAAAGGGCCGUGUUCCUGUCGGCAGUGUGUCGCCGAGCUGGAAGGCGACCCGUGGUUCGCCGAGCACUUCAACCUCUCCAUCCACCCUCUGAUGACCAGGGAGAACAGCUUCCUCUCUGAGGAGACCUUUAAAUGGUGGCAGUGGUUGCAGUCAGAGAGGCAGCCAGCCAACUUCUCCGAGGUGGUGGAGGAGCUGUUCCAAGUCAUCCCCAACGAUGUCCUCUACGUGGACGCCAGCCCCGAGCGCUGCCGGCGCUGCGCCGUGGUGGGGAACUCCGGGAACCUGAAGCGGUCCCACUAUGGUGGCCUCAUUGAUGCCUGCGAUUUCAUCAUAAGGAUGAACCAGGCUCCUACCAGUGGAUUCGAGGAGGAUGUCGGGACACGCACCACUCACCAUGUCAUGUACCCAGAGAGCGCCAUGGACUUGGACAACAACACCAGCCUGGUUCUGAUCCCGUUCAAGACUCUGGACCUGCAGUGGAUCGUCAGCGCUCUGACCACUGGCACUAUCACACACACAUAUUUACCAGUUAAAGCCAGGAUAAAGGCGAAUAAAGAUAAGGUGUUGAUUUAUAGUCCAACUUUUUUCAAAUAUGUCCACGAGUCGUGGCUCGAAGGUCACGGGCGAUAUCCGUCGACUGGCUUCCUCAGCUUGCUGCUUGCUCUCCACAUAUGUGACGAGGUCAGCGUGUUCGGCUUUGGCUCCGACCGGUACGGAAACUGGCACCACUAUUGGGAGGAGAACCAUUUGGCCGGAGCUUUCAGACACACUGGAGUCCAUGACGGAGAUUAUGAAUAUAAUGUCACCUUGCUGCUGGCGGACAAGCACAAAAUCCGAAUGUUCACUGGCAGAUGAUACCAAGCAUGGGAUGACCAGCGAAUGAACGUCAAAUGAUGGGAGGGGGGGGGAUAAAAAAUACAAAUAAAAUACUAAUUUUAUCAUGUCUGCAAAC